CGGCUCCGCGGCCCGAGUCAAAUCCGAUCGGGAGCCAUGAGUGUGGACAAGGCGGAGCUAUGCGGGCCUCUGCUCACCUGGUUGCAGACGUUCCACACCCCGCCCCCCUGCGCCAGCCCACAGGAUUUGAGCAGCGGCCUUGCAGUAGCCUAUGUGCUGAACCAGAUAGACCCAUCCUGGUUCAACGAAGCAUGGCUCCAGGGCAUCUCCGAGGACCCAGGUCACAACUGGAGACUGAAGGUUGACAAUCUGAAGAGGAUUUUGCAGAGCCUGGUGGAAUACUCCCAGCAUGUCCUGGGACACCCUGUGUCUGAGCAGCACCUCCCAGACGUGAGCCUCAUUGGCCAGUUCUCAGACCCGGCAGAGCUUGGCAAGCUGCUUCAGCUGGUUCUGGGCUGUGCCAUCAGCUGUGAGCAAAAGCAGGAGCAUAUCCAGAGGAUCAUGACGCUGGAGGAGUCUGUUCAGCAUGUGGUGAUGGAAGCCAUCCAGGAGCUCAUGACCAAGGACACCCCAGACUCCCUGACCCUGGAGUCCUAUGGCAACUUUGACAGUCAGUCCCGCAGGUACUACUUCCUGAGCGAGGAGGCAGAGGAGGGGGAUGAGCUGCGACAGCGCUGUCUGGACCUGGAGCGGCAGCUGGUGCUCCUGUCAGAAGAGAAGCAGGGCCUGGCGCAGGAGAACGCUAUGUUACGGGAGCGAGUCGGCCGGCCCGAAGGGGAGGGGGCCCUGGGCCUCACUGCCAAGAAGCUGCUACUGCUACAGUCCCAGCUGGAGCAGCUGCAGGAGGAGAACUUCAGGCUGGAGAGCAGCCGGGAAGAUGAGCGGCAGCGCUGUGUGGAGCUGGAGCGGGAGGUCUCAGAGCUGCAGCAGCGCAACCAGGCGCUGACUGGGCUCGCCCACGAGGCGCAGGCCCUGAAGGACGAGAUGGAUGAGCUGCGUACUCCCCAGGCCCACUGCCAGGUGCAAGAACUACAGGCUCGGCAGCACGAGGAGGCCAUGAAGGCCGAGAAAUGGCUCUUUGAGUGCCGCAACCUGGAGGAGAAAUAUGAGUCCGUGACCAAGGAGAAGGAGCGGUUGCUGGCGGAGCGGGACUCCCUGCGAGAGGCCAACGAGGAGCUGCGCUGUGCACAACUGCAGCCAAGAGCGCUGACCCAGGCCGACCCAUCACUAGAUCCCUCCUCAGCGGCUGUGGAAAACUUAGCUGCGGAGAUCCUGCCAACUGAGCUCAGGCUGAACCAGCAGCAGCUGGCCGACCUGCGGGCCCAGGUGGAGGACCUGCAGAAGACCCUGCAGGAGCAGGGGGGCAGGAGCGAGGACGCCAUUUCCACCCUGCUGAAGAGGAAACUGGAGGAACAUCUGAAGGGCUUCCAGCCCACAGAGGCUGGCUGGCUGCCUUGGGGCCCUGGUGCAAGUGUGGUUGGGAAGGUCAUGCAGACCAUGGAGCCGAAGCAGCCCAGGCCCGCCGGGGCCGCGCCCUCCGAUCUCCGGUCCUUGCGGACACAGCUCCGGGAGCGGGACGUCCGCAUCCGUCACCUGGAGAUUGACUUUGAGAAGAGUCGAAGUCAGCGCGAGCAAGAAGAGAGGCGGCUUAUCAGUGCCUGGUAUAAUAUGGGCAUGGCACUGCAGCAGCGCGCCGGGGAAGAAUGGUCGCCCGCUCACGCCCAGUCCUUCCUGGCACAGCAGCGGCUCGCCACCAAUGCACGCCGUGGACCCCUGGGACGCCUGGCCUCCCUGACCCUGCGCCCCAUUGACAAGCACUGAUGGCCCCUCAGGAUCCUGUUGUCUGCACAGGCAGCCAGGGCUUCAUCCACCUGGGGUUCCCCCACCUCACACAAGGCUCCACACCAAGUGGCCUCUGCCAGUUACUUGGGGCCUUGGGGUGGUGACCAUUGUCCCUUGCUUCCCAGACUAGGGUGUGGGGGCAGGGACUGGGCAGGAGACAAAUGUGAGCCGGUUCUUUUUAGGCUAGCAGUGUGAUUCUUACCCUAGAUCUCUCUCUCAGUGAUGAACUGGGGAGGCUCUGAUUUUAUAUUUGAGAUGAGGCUAAUAAAGACUUUAAUCUGUC